GACGUAGAACGUCUUUUUUUUGGGUGGAUGCCAUAUUCAGCAUUUUAUUUUAUUCUUACCUUGUAUUUUAUCUGAAUUCUCCUCCCCCCUUCACCUUUUUUUUUUCUUUCAUUUUUUUAACAAAAAAUAACAAUGAGACCUUAUAUACAAAGAAUAGCAAGGGCGUCUAUUCUUCUUAGAGCUUCUAGACCCGUAUGGGCUAAUGCGAUUAAUUAUAGACCUGCAUUAACUCAAACCUAUUAUUUACAACCUCAACCUCAUGUAUCCGAAUCACCACGUAGUUUUAGCACUAGUCGAAGCAUACAACUUAUAAAUACAGCUUCUGCAGUUAUAGAAGAGGAACAUAUUGCAUCCGAAAGUUUUCAAUUUAUUGCUUACGCUGCCUGGCACCCAAAGACCCGACAAAAGGCACCCACUAAGAAAGUUCCGUAUUGGAAAGAGGAUCAGAAGCCUGGUAAAGUGGAUGCAGGAGAAGACGCAUUUUUUCAAACAAAUACACCGGAAGGUCUUGCUAUCGGUGUAGCGGAUGGUGUUGGAGGAUGGUCCCUUGUAGGCGUUGAUCCUGCCUUGUUUUCUUGGACCCUAAUGGAUAACGCUGCCAUUGUCGCCAAAAAUGAAAAAUCCAUUGAUGCUCACCAAAUUUUAGACUCUGCGUUUCAUGAAUUGAGAAAGAGCGGCAAAGUAUCAGCUGGAAGUAGCACUGCUUGUAUUUUGAACUUAUCAAAGACAACCGGUGAAAUGACAACAUGUAAUUUGGGGGAUUCUGCAUUUUUGUUAGUGCGUGAUAAGAAGAUUGUGUAUGAAAGCCCUAGUCAACAACAUUACUUCAAUUGCCCUUAUCAGCUGAGUGUUGUACCGGAUACCUACCCUAAUAGGGAUGACAUGGUAACUGACUUACCAAAAGAUGCAGACACAAAACGUUUCUUCUUAAAAGACGGCGAUUUAAUCUUAUUAGCUACGGAUGGAUAUUUUGAUAAUAUGUAUUCACAUGAAACUUUAGACCUGAUUAAUGCUGGUAUGGAACCUAUCGAUCACAACCAAACAGGCGAAUUAGUCACCGCCACUAUUAGAGGAUUAGCAAAAACAUUAACAGACAAAGCUCGUCGUUUAAGUCUUAAUCCAAAACGUCUCAGUCCUUGGGCAAAGGCCGCUCAGGCACAUGGUAGUAAUUACAGAGGCGGAAAGGUUGAUGAUAUCACAUGUAUUGUUACUCUGGUCUCUCAAAACAAGUAGUUUCUUCUUUUUUUUCUUGUAUAAAUUUCGUUUUCAAGCUCAUGUACAUCUUUUUUAUAUAUAUUAAACAUUCAAUUUUCACAUCUAUUGUAAAAACUACAUAUAUCCCGGAGACGGGGCAUUGUGUGUCACCUUAAACUUCUUUCAAGUUCUUAUGGUUUCGCACGGGGUAAUGGCACGGGAGGUUGUAAAUAUUGUUCAACCACUGAUAGAAUAUUUUCAAUUGAAAAUCAAGUCACCAAAUAGAAACUCUUUAUGUCAACCAUUGGAUGAGAGCGCACUCGAUUA